ACUUUCUCACUUCCAGUCUGUGAUCAGCUCAGCUGAGUUGAUGCAGCCCUCCUGCCUAGACACACACGCACUCACAGACUUCUGAAACCACAUCAGGCUGUGUUGGCUAUUUAACUGCUUGGAGUUUCCAUCUGCCGACAAAGGAGGAAGACCAAGAGGACCAUGACAAGCCUGAAGUACAUGUCAGGAUUUGGAAACGAACAUGCUUCUGAGGACCCACGCUAUCCAGGAGCUCUACCAGAGGGACAGAACAACCCGCAGGUCUGCCCCUACGGCCUCUACGCGGAGCAGCUCUCGGGCUCAGCUUUCACCUGUCCCCGGGCCACCAACAGGAGGAGCUGGCUCUAUCGGAUCCUGCCCUCUGUCUGCCACAAGCCCUUUCAGCCUCUGCAGGAGGGCCAUCUGACACACAACUGGGAUGAGGUGGAGCCUGACCCCAACCAGCUGAGAUGGAAGCCCUUUGAAAUACCGAAAGCCUCCCAGAACAAGCUGGACUUUGUGAGCGGACUGCACACUUUGUGUGGCGCUGGAGAGCCUCGAGGACGCAACGGCAUCGCCAUCCACAUCUUUGUCUGCAACACCUCCAUGCUUGACAGAUGUCUUUAUAAUUCAGACGGUGACUUCCUGAUCGUGCCCCAGCAAGGAAAACUGCUCAUCACAACUGAGUUUGGGAAGAUGCUAGUGGAGCCCAAUGAAAUCUGUGUUAUCCAGCAAGGAAUGCGUUUUAGCGUGGAGGUGUUUGGAGAGACCAGAGGCUACAUCCUGGAGGUGUACGGGGCACACUUUGAGCUACCUGACCUGGGACCCAUUGGAGCCAAUGGCCUGGCAAACCCUCGUGACUUCUUGGUUCCAGUUGCAUGGUAUGAAGACCGGAAAAUUCCAAGAGGCUACACAGUUAUCAGCAAGUACCAGGGCAAGUUGUUCACAGCCCAGCAGGAUUUCUCCCCCUUCAACGUUGUAGCCUGGCAUGGGAACUACACACCAUACAAAUACCAUCUGGAAAACUUUAUGGUCAUUAAUUCUGUUGCCUUUGACCAUGCGGAUCCAUCUAUCUUCACUGUCUUGACAGCCAAGUCGACCCGUCCUGGAGUGGCGAUCGCUGACUUUGUCAUAUUCCCCCCACGAUGGGGGGUUGCCAACAACACCUUCCGGCCACCUUACUACCACAGGAAUUGCAUGAGUGAGUUCAUGGGGCUCAUCAAAGGCCAUUAUGAAGCAAAGGAGGAGGGCUUCCAGCCUGGAGGGGCCAGCUUGCACAGCAUGAUGACUCCACAUGGGCCGGACGCUGACUGUUUUGAGAAGGCGAGCAAAGCCAAGUUGGAGCCUGAGAGAGUUGCAGAAGGGACUAUGGCCUUCAUGUUUGAAUCUUCCCUCAGUAUGGCUGUUACUGAGUGGGGCCUCAAGACCUCCAACUGCCUAGAUAAAAACUACUACAAGUGCUGGGAACCUCUGAAAAGCCACUUCAACCCUAACUGCAAGUAAAGAGAUGGAUUUGUCACUUGCAGUGUAUGAACGAAAACAGGGAAACCCAGCACACCUAUAUGUGGCAGCACAGCCAGCUCAGACAACAAGAGUGCAGAAUGGCAUUUUCAGCAGCCACCAAGUCAACAAAAUGACCAUGCCUAUGUAAUUCGGGAAAUGAAAUUAAAACCACUAUUUUUAGCUUUCAAGUACCCAAUUAAAGCUAUCCUGGUGCCACUCUGGAGCUGAAAUACUUGAGUGCCUCUCAUCAUAUGCAGUUGGUAUGAAUGCUAUACUUGCUGUAGAUGCAAGGUGACAGCCACCAUUCCAAGGGCUCCUGACUAUAUGGUGUGAUGUGCCUUUCACAGGGAGAAGCUGAAGAUCAGUGAGGUAUUUCAUGCCACCUGCAAGGGAAGACUUUUCCAAACAGAGCUGAAAGCUCUAUCAGAUGUAAGCCUCCUACCAGAACAGGGCAUUUCAGCCUGCUGGGCUGUGGAUGGUUGCCAGGAAGAGCCCUUAUGGUCAGAAAAGCAUUCUGCAGAUUAGAAAAGGUCAAAGAAUCCAAAGCGCUUCACUGUUAAUUAAGGGAAAGCUUCCUUUUCAAUCUUAUUUUAGCUGUCCAUCAACAUUGACUUCUUUGUCAACAAUUGAUGAGGUCUCUUUUAUGAAGAACCUCAAAAACCACAGGAAUACUCUAGCCUCACGCCUCGGUGGUGACUUUGAGCCACUCUCCUGUUCCACAGGGUGCGGGCAGAAAAGGAAACCCCAAACAGUUAUUCUAGGAAUGAGAUGCACAACCAACCUUCAGGUCUCUGCUUUAGCACAUGCACUCUUUGUUGUGAUAUCAAAACAGCAUUUCAAAAUGUCAAAUUUAGUCAGACAGGUAGUGCUAAAUGUUGCUGCCAAGCACUUUGCCUCUCAGAUCCUGAACUAAUUUGCUUAAAAUCAUGCUCAUUUCAUUUUCUGAGGGAACUGAUUUCUCCUACUGAGCCCAUGAAAACUAA